GGGGGUGGGGAAGUGAUGGUGGGGGUGGAGAGAGCGGAGGUGAAGCUGUGCUUAUAUAAUGGACUGGUGGAGCUUACAGAGUACUGCCACCGACUGACAGAUAGACAAACCAGCUCACUACCAAUCAGAGGCUUGUUGAAGCAGCAUCCCCAGCUGAAUAUUUCCAACCGUGAAGCACCUGAGCCCUGGGAAUCUCCCUCCAGCGCUGCAAUGAAGUCCAGAGCUCUCUUCUUCUGCCUCCUCCUGGCAUGCUUCUGUCUCAGCCUGGCGCAAGGUUCCUACGAGAACUGUUGCUUAUCGUACGUCAAGAGUGUCAAACCGUCCGUGAAAAAGGCUGUUAGAUCCUACAGGAUGCAGGAAACUGACGGGGGCUGCAACAUCCAAGCAAUCGUGUUUAAGAUGAGGAAAGGAAAGGUGUUUUGCGCCAAUCCAGAAACAUCUUGGGUGCAAAUGUUGAUGAAAAAACUCGAUGCGAAAAACAACAAAGCUGAAAACCCAAAGAAGUCUGACUGAAUGGAACCCUUCCAGCCACUGGUUUCAUAGCAUGCAAGAAAUGAGAUCAGUCGUUUUCAAGCGUUCUGUAUCAGCCUGUAACUGCCGGUAAUUAACAUGCUUGCAGUGAUGCAGGCCCCCCAGGGCAUGUUAUCCUCCUUCUGUCCUGAGAAAUGACAUCACCGGGCUUCCACACUGCAUCCUCUCUCUUGCUACACUGCCACAACCAAGCCAAAGAAUCAGUCAACACUGGACAAUCCUGAUUGCUGUCACUAACUG